CAGAGGUUUGUGUUGUGGUCAGUAGUAGUAGCGCUCGUACGGUGGCUGUUGAAGUAACAUAAACAAGAGCUGAACUAUUAAAGAAAUGAAUUUCAUCCUGUUUCAAGUCUUCUCCUGCUCUUAGGCUCCACUACCCUACACAGCUUUAAUAUAUACCUCUGAAAACACUUAAGGACAUCCCAGUUAAAAGUAAUCUUAAACUGCUGACACUAGUAAAAUGUAAGAAUAUGGCUUUCAGAAGAAGCUGUACUCAGCAAAUAUCAUCUAGUACCCUUCACAAGGACAAACCUCACAGACAAACACUGAAACGCAACAAGGGGAGAAGUCACAACUGCUCAGAGAGUGGAGAGAGUUUUAAUCAUCAUAGUCACUUCCAAGGACACCAGCAUGUUUAUACAGAAGAAAAGCCGUAUCGUUGCUCAGACUGUGGAAAGAGAUUUAAUCGUCAGGGUCAUCUUCAAGAACACAUGCGCAUUCACACAGGAGAGAAGCCACAUCAGUGCUUAGAGUGUGGGAAGAGUUUUAAUCGUCUGCGUUCCCUCCAACAACACCAGCGCAUUCACACAGGAGAGAAGCUAUAUCAUUGCUCAGAAUGUGGAAAGAGUUUUAAUCAUCACGGUCAUCUCCAAGAACACCAGCGCAUUCACACAGGAGAGAAGCCGUAUCACUGCUCAGAGUGUGGGAAGAGUUUUAAUCGUCAAAGUACUCUCCAGCAACACCAGCGCAUUCACACAGGUGAGAAGCCGUAUUACUGCUCAGAAUGUGGAAGGAAUUUUAAUCGACAGAGUCAUCUCCAAGAACACCAGCGCAUUCACACGGGAGAGAAGCCGUAUCACUGCUCAGAGUGUGGGAAGAGUUUUGCCCUACAGAAUAAUCUCAAAAUGCACCGGCGAAUUCACACAGGAGAGAAACCGUACUACUGCUCAGAUUGUGGAAAAAGUUUUAAUCAACAGAGUACUCUCAAAAGACACCAGUUCAUUCACACAGGAGAGAAGCCCCAUCGCUGCUCAGAGUGCGGGAAGAGUUUUAAUCAUCAGAGUGAUCUCAAAACACACCAGCGCAUUCACACAGGAGAGAAGCCGUAUUAUUGCUCAGAGUGUGGGAAGAGUUUUACUCUGCAGAGUACUUUCCAGAAACACCAGCGCAUCCACACAGGAGAGAAGCCGUAUCAGUGCUCAGAAUGUGGGAAGAGUUUUAGGCAUUUAAAUACUGGAAAGACACACAAACACCAGCUGAUUCACACAGGAGAGAAGCCGUAUCAUUGCUCAGAGUGUGGGAAGAGUUUUAAUCAACAGAGUACUCUCAAAAUACACCAGCACAUUCACACUGGAGAGAAGCCGUAUCGCUGCUCAGAGUGUGGAAAGAGUUUUACUCAACCAAGUAGUCUCCAGAACCACCAGAGAAUUCACACAGGAGUUAAACCAUAUCACUGUUCAGAGUGUGGGAAGAGUUUUACUGUACAGAGUAAUCUCCAGCAACACCAGCGCAUUCACAAAGGAGUUAAACCAUAUCACUGUUCAGAGUGCGGGAAGAGUUUUACUCAUCAGUGCAAUCUCCGACAACAUCAGCGCAUUCACACAGGAGAGAAGCCAUAUUUCUGCUCAGAGUGUGGGAAGAGUUUUAAUCACCAGAGCUAUCUCCAGAAACACCAGCGGAUUCACACAGGGGAGAAGCCAUAUCAAUGUUCAGAGUGUGAGAAGAGUUUUAAUCGACAGAGUCAUCUCCGACAACACCAGCGCAUUCACACAGGAGAGAAGCCGUAUUACUGCUCGGAGUGCGGGAAGAGCUUUAUUCAGCGGAGUUCUCUCCAUCAGCACCAACGCGUUCAUACAGGAGAGAAGCCAUAUUACUGUUCAGACUGUGGGAAGAGAUUUACUCACCAGAGUUCUCUCCAUCAGCACCAACGCAUUCACACAGGAGAGAAGCCGUAUUACUGUUCAGACUGUGGGAAGAGUUUUAGGCAUUCAAAGACUGUGAAGAUACACAAAUGUACCAAAAGCAGUGGUGGAAAUGGGCUGUAAUGAAUGUAACCAUAACGCUAUUCCGGAAACAAUGUCUGUAGGAAAUGGUACUUUCAGUUCUGAUUUGAAACUCCUUGCAGGCCAGCACCUAUUGUUGUUUUAUAUGCUGUUUCUAAAGCAUGAGCAUAAAAUGAAAUACAAGUCAAACCUACAGCUUGUACCCAAUGUGAAGGUGUAGUCCAUUACAUUUAUCCCCAAAUAAUUUUCAUUUGUGAAAUAUUUUGAAAAUAAUUGAGAUUUUCUUCAUUAAAUAUAUAAUUUAUUUACUUUCUAAUUUAAAGCUGUGUUAUGUAAGAAUUGGUAUGUUUUGCUUAUGGAGUUGACAUCCUUGGGCAUGUUCUAUGCGGCAUAAAGUCGCAUACAAGCCAGACUACAAUUGAUCAUGAACCUUCCAUUACUGCUUUCAGAGACUUUAAGAACUGUUGUUCUUUUGAUACAUAGAGAGUGAUUGUUCCUUGAGAAGGGAGCUGAGGAAUAGCUUAAGUCCAUCUCCAGCCUGUCCUACCAGAUGUGGUGGUGGCCGAUGGAACAGAAAUUAGACCUGGAUAUCUCCAUCAGUAUAGAACUGGGUGAAAGGAAACCAUCUGGGGACUUUCAAGGCCUUGGGCCUCACUGAGAGUGACUCUUGCUGACGUCAUUAGAAUGCGCAUGAGAAACACUAUAUUUGUUUCUUUUUGUGAACGUGUUAAACUGUUGAGAUUAUUUUUGUUAAUUUUCCUCUUGUUUUUAUUAUUUUGAUAAGAUGUUUCUGUAACCUUGGAAAAAAUUUUUUUUUUUUCUUCUUUUAAAAUUCACUGUUUUGUUUUUUGUUUUAGGAUACGUUGCAUCACUGAAAUUAUGGAAAAUUAAGGUUUUUUUUGUUUUUUUUAUAAAUUUCGAUCUUAGUCAAGCUGUGCUAAAUUACCCAGCAUUAGACCAGCUUUAGCCUGCAGUUCUCUUUGGCAAAAACUGGCUGGCAAUACAGCUGUUUAAAAUAUUCCACAAUGCUACAUAACCUGAUAGAGGCAGAUUUAUUUUUUUUGUUGUUCCAUAAUGUCAUUUGCUAAGAAUCAUAAUCACUCGAUUUCACUAAAUGACAAGAAAUGUCAAAAAAGGACAGUAAAGUAGUAAACGAACAUACAGUAAAUAGCAUGAAUAACAUAUUAGACAGAGUGUGGGUGUGGUAAACAGAUUAAUUUGUGAAUAUGUAAAAUGUGAAUAUGUGCAGAGUCUGAGGAAGUGACCUAUUAUUUACAGUAUAUUACAGGAUGAUAUGAAAAAGCUUUGUGGUUCAGAGGAUUUACACAUUUAUACAGAAAGAGAGGGUCGUUGGCUGUAUAUAGCGAAUGUGUGCUUUAGCAUUUCAGCAUGUUUGUAAUAUUUUUGAAGAUUUGUAUUGUGUUUGUAUGACUGCUGUUUCAUAGGUGUUAAAGGAAAAAGCCUGAAGCUGUA